AUAAUUUUAGAAUGCUGCAGUAAAUUGGAAAGAAUCGCAUCGAAAAGAAAGAUUUAUGAAUCCGAUUCGACGCUUAGUGUACUUAAAAAGGAUUCUAAAUUGAGUGUACUGUCAAAAGGCAAUGUUAACAAGAAGGAAAGAAGACAAUUCAUUAAGUUACCGUUCAUAGGUGGUGGGUCUGCUAACAAAAGCCACAAUAUAGGCAUAACUAUACAAACCACGUCGGCGAUUAUUAAGCAAUUUCCCGAUCAUAAUUACGGUGAAAUGUAUCCGAAAUAUUCAACAAGCACAAGUCGGACAAACGUAUUUCCGCAGUUUUCGGACUUACAAAUUUGUCCGGCUAGGUCCUCCGAAGAAUUGGCAAUCGAAGAGGACAAGAAUUUUGAUGGGUCCAGAAUCAGUCCGUGGUCGGUGAAACAGACCGAUUUGCUUUCAAACAAUUUCGAGUGCAAUCACCAGAAUAACACUUGUUCCUGUCCGACACGGUUCGGCGACAGUUACAACAAAGUAAUGGCACCAUUCAUAAAAAACUUGAAAAGCAAAAACAAAAUAUCGGAAAUGGUUCCGAACCCCUAUACCAAGGCGAAGAACGUAUUGCACUACGAAUCUCUGUCCAGGCAUAUGCAACAGCUCCAACUCAAUAUAUGUGCGAUGAACAACAAAUUUUUACAACUCACCGAAAAGUACACGAAACUUUAUCAGCAGCAUGUGAGGAACGAGAACAAUAAUCUCGCGUUCGCGUUGUACGCGACCGAAGACGAGAUAAAAGCUUUGAAAGAAAAAGUGGACGAGGCCUGCGAUGUGUACAGAGAGGCGAGUCUGGUCAUCGUUCAGCAGCAGCCGUGCGCGCAGCAGCCGGCGGACGUGUCACCGGACCGCAUGACAGACGGCUCGUUACGCAGGGACACGACGUCCGUGCGGCUGGCCAGAGUGCUGCACCGCAUCCAGAUGCUACAGGACAAGUGCAAGACCGGCCAUUUCGUGCAAGGGUGCGGCGAUCAAAUGGAACAGCAGUUGGUCGCCAUACGCGUCUCGAUGCGCGACCACCACGUAUGAGACCGGCUGACGGGCGUAUCCGUGUACUCACGACCCCACGCUCGCGAAUGCUUUUUCGAAUAAAUGAGAAAUGUCGAGAAAUGUGAUAAUAAAAAUAAAACACCACCGCAUUAUUGUUAUCCCCCAGCCGUACAAUGCUCAUCGCUGCAUACGCAUCGACGUUAGAAUCGCGGUGCGAGCAGUGGCCGACUGAAAGACUGUCAGCUCCUGGUCUUUUUUUUUUUGUUUGGGGGGGGGGGGGGUUCCGCAACACCCUAUAAUUUAUCCACGAAAUUCAAUCGACAACGUCUUCCGACUUCAUCGCGUUCGUACAAUUGUUGAUACAAGCGAAUUCGGAUUUUAAACAUAGUUCUUACGUACACUCGUUUGCUUACGGGCGUUAGUCAAGAGAAUAAAUAAAAAAUAACAAAAACGAAGUUUUUCAGUCACCCAAGCUAACAUUAUAAAGUAAAUAAAUAGCAGUUUUUUAUAUAUUACAUAUUUCAAUUUCAACGUAAGUGAAUAACAAAAUAAUAUAUUCUGCAUUGCCCUGUGAGAAAAUACAGAAUUCUAACUACUCUGCGAGUACCAUUUUAAGACCUCAAAUGUAACUUCUCAAAUCGACUUCCUUGCAACAUCUUAUUGAUUACACGCAAUUAAUUUAUUUUAAAUUUAUGCUUAUGCGAUAUAACUUAUAUCGCAUAAGCAUAAAUUGGGUGAAUAAAUAAACAUUGGCGGAUAGGUCCACAGGAAAAUCGGGAUUUUCCCGAUAGGCCCUCGCCUAUGCUUAAUGUUGAUGCCUCUUCCUGACUUCAGUCCCAUGAACAUCAAUCUAGAGUCUAUAUA